AUGGCGCUACUGCCACAUGAAAAUGGAGGGGAGAAGUACAAAGAUGUGGAGCCAACUCUGAAGAUCAAAGAGGUGGACGGCUUGGAGCUGGUGAAGAAGUUCUCAGAGCAGAUGGAAAGCAUGCUCCGCAGGAAGGUUGAAGCUGUUGAGAGGUUGGUGGAAGCAGCAGAAGAUGCAGAUCUGAACCAUGAGUACAACUCCUCACUGGAGUUUGAUUACUACAACUCUCUCCUGAUUAAUGAGAAGGAUGAAAAUGACAAUUAUGUGGAGCUUGGAGAUGAAUUCAUUUUGGAGCCAAAUGAGCAUUUCAAUAACCUGCUGGUGAACACAACAUACAGUGAUAUCCAGCUCCCCACAAAUGUCUACAACAAAGACCCUGACAUCCUGAAUGGUGUUUACAUGUCAGAAGCCUUGAAUCCUAUUUUUGUGGACAAUUUUGAAAGGGAUCCCACGCUGACCUGGCAGUACUUUGGCAGCUCCACUGGAUUCUUCAGGCUCUACCCGGGAAUAAAGUGGUUACCAGAUGAGAAUGGAGUCAUCUCCUUCGACUGCAGGAAUCGUGGCUGGUACAUCCAAGCGGCCACCUCUCCCAAGGACAUUGUCAUCAUUGUGGAUGUCAGUGGGAGCAUGAAGGGCCUGCGGAUGACCAUUGCCAAACACACCAUCAUCACCAUUUUAGAUACUCUGGGAGAAAAUGACUUUGUCAACAUCAUUGCAUACAAUGAUUAUGUUCAUUUUAUCGAACCCUGUUUUAAGGGUAUACUGGUCCAAGCAGAUAGAGAUAACAGAGAGCACUUCAAGCAGCUGGUGGAUGAACUGCAGGCAAAAGGAGUGGGGACUGUGAACAAGGCUUUGACAGAGUCCUUCAAAAUCCUGAGGGAGUUCAGAGAUGCCGGUCAAGGAGGCUUGUGUAACCAAGCUAUCAUGCUGAUCACAGAUGGAGCAGUGGAGGAUUAUGAAGCUGUGUUUGAAAAAUACAACUGGCCAGAUCGGAAGGUCCGGGUUUUCACUUACCUCAUUGGACGGGAGGUCACUUUUGCCCCCAAUGUGAAAUGGAUCGCCUGUAACAACAAAGGCUACUACACUCAGAUCUCCACGCUGGCAGAUGUCCAGGAGAACGUGAUGGAGUACCUGCAUGUGCUCAGCCGUCCCAUGGUCAUCAACCAUGACCAUGAUAUUAUUUGGACUGAAGCCUACAUGGACAGUGCGCUCUUUGCAUCUCAAGCUCAAAGUCUGUUGCUCAUGACAACAGUGGCUAUGCCAGUCUUCAGCAAAAAGAACGAGACGCGAUCUCAUGGCAUUCUCCUUGGUGUGGUGGGCUCUGAUGUACCACUGAGGGAGUUGUUAAAACUUGCUCCACGGUAUAAG